CAUAUGUCUACAUUCACUUUUCAUGUUAAACGUACUUCUUAUGUUACAGUUGGGAUACUCGUGCAAAUAAUUAUGUUAAAGCAAGUCACACUGUCGAUGCACAUGCAGCCGAAGUCAAUUGUUUAGCGUUUAAUCCAUCUUCUGAAUAUAUUCUUGUCACUGGUAGUGCAGAUAAAACAUUAGCAUUAUGGGAUUUACGAAAUCUUAAAGUAAAAUGUCAUAUUUUCGAAUCACACGAAGACGAAAUAUUUCAAGUUCAAUGGUCUCCACAAUAUGAAACCGUAUUAGCGUCAAGUGGGUCUGAUCGUCGACUACAUAUAUGGGAUUUAAGUCGCAUUAAUCAGUUGCAAACAGCUGCGGAAGCAGAAGACGGACCACCCGAACUUUUGUUUAUUCAUGGUGGCCAUUCUGCCAAGAUAUCAGAUUUUUGUUGGAAUCCAAAUGAAAAAUCGGUUAUCUGUUCAGUUUCGGAAGAUAACGUUAUGCAAGUACACUGCAAACGAGAUGUGCAUAUUUUAUUAAAAAAAUUCAUUUCAAGUGAAUGACUUUUGUCUAUUCACUCGCUGUUCACUAUGUGUUGAUGUAUUUGCUCAAUUUUUAUGUUAUGCACUGGAAAUGAAUGAACUAUACACUAAAAUGCCGCGUUUAGGCACAUGUCA